CGGGGCAGUAUGCGCUCCCUCUCGGGGCGUUAGCUCGGCCCGGGCCUCCCGCAAGGCUGGCCCGGGGCUCCGCCGGGCGCCUGCCAUGUGCCGGGCUCGUGCAGGCAUAGGUCGCUGGAGACGAGGCCGGCGUAGGACGAGGAUAUGGGGCCUGGAGUGCUGGACCUGCCAACACUCAGGGUACAUACGGAAGUGGCGUGGCCAGCUGGCAAGGUUAUGACAAUUUCAAUUAUUAUGGUGCCCAGAGCACCAACGUCACCGCAGGAGCGACCUACAGCUAUGGCCCCGCUUCGUGGGAGGCCACCAAAGCCAGUGAUGGUGGCCUGGCAGCCGGUGGCCCUUCCAUGCACAUGGCCUCUUACGGCCCAGAACCAUGCAACGACAAUUCUGACUCGCUCAUUGCCAAGAUCAACCAGCGCUUGGACAUGAUGUCCAAGGAAGGAGGCAGGGGCGGGAGCAGCAGCGGUGGGGAGGGCAUGCAGGACCGGGAGAGCUCCUUCCGCUUCCAGCCAUACGAGUCCUACGAUUCCAGGCCUUGCCUGCCCGAGCAUAACCCCUACCGCCCCAGCUACAACUACGACUAUGACUUUGACCUGGGGACCGACCGCAAUGGCAGUUUUGGUGGGCAGUACAGUGACUGCAGGGACCCAGCCCGGGAGCGAGGCUCCCUUGAUGGCUUCAUGCGAGGCCGGGGCCAGAGCCAGGGCCCAGGGACAGGGACGGGCCCCGGCCCGGGCCGCUUCCAAGACCGGAGCAGUUCCAGCAGCUUCAUGCGCAGUGACCCCUUCCUGCCCCCCUCGGCGCCCGCCGAACCCCUCCCCGCCUCCUGGAACGAGCUGAACUACAUGGGGGGCCGGGGCUUGGGUGGCCCCUCCCCAAGCAGGCCGCCCCCACCCCUCUUCUCCCAGUCCAUGGCGCCUGACUACGGCAUGAUGGAGAUGCAGGGGGCAGGGGGCUACGACAGCACCAUGCCGUACGGAUGUGGCCGGUCUCAGGCUCGGAUGAGAGAACGGCCCAGGAGGAGAGGGUUUGAGCGCUUUGGACCUGACAGUGUGGGCAGAAAGCGGAAGCAGUUUCCUCUGUUUGAGGAGCCGGAUGCCAAACUGGUUCGCGCUGACAGCGAAGGCGAUUUUUCGGACAACGACGAUGGAGCUGGUGACUUCCGGUCAGGAGAUGAAGAGAUGCGGGGUGAGGACGAGUUCGGCGACGCCGGGAGGCCGAGAGGCGAGAAGGAUGAGGAGGACGAGGAGGCCAAGAAGAGGCGAGAGAAGCAGAGGAGGAGGGACAGGACACGGGACCGGGCCGCGGAUAGGAUUCAGUUUGCCUGUUCUGUGUGCAAGUUCCGUAGCUUUGAAGAUGAAGAAAUCCAGAAACACCUGCAGAGCAAAUUUCACAAGGAGACACUGCGGUUUAUAAGCACCAAACUGCCCGACAAGACGGUGGAGUUCCUCCAGGAGUACAUUGUCAACAGGAACAAGAAGAUUGAGAAGCGGCGGCAGGAGCUGAUGGAAAAGGAGAGCCCAAAGCCAAAGCCAGACCCUUUCAAAGGCAUCGGCCAGGAGCACUUCUUCAAGAGAAUUGAGGCCGCGCACUGCCUGGCCUGCGACAUGCUGAUCCCUGCACAGCACCAGCUCCUCCAGCGGCACCUGCACUCUGUGGACCACAACCACAACCGCAGGCUGGCUGCGGAACAGUUCAAGAAGACAAGUCUGCACGUGGCUAAGAGUGUCCUGAACAACAGACACAUAGUGAAGAUGCUGGAAAAGUACCUCAAGGGCGAGGACCCUUUCACCAGUGAGAGCGCUGACCCCGAACUAGAAGGUGAGGACAACCUGGGCGAAGAGAAGGCAGAGACGCCCGAGGAGGUGGCAGCCGAGGUCCUGGAGGAGGUGAUUACGGCGGCAGUGAGGGCCGUGGACGGGGCAGGGCCCGUGGCCGAGGACGAGGCAGGGGCCAGUGCCACCGAACCGCUGCUUCCACCGCCACCUGAAGGGCAGGAAGAGGCGGCCUCCAGCGGGGCAGCAUCUGAGAGGGAGAACCCUGGGGCCGGGGCCGGGGCCGCCGGAGAGGCAGCAGAGGCUGGCGGGGAGGCAGCGACCCAGGCAGCAGGGCCAGAGGAUGCCGCCGCCGCUGCCCCUCCUGCCCCCACUGCUGUGGAGGCAGAAAUGGGACAAACUGAUGCCGAGGCCGGAGCUGACGCUCCCACGGAGUGACUGCCUUCCAUUUCAGGGUGCGACAGGUCUGUGGCCCACUCCCUUGGGUUGGCGAGCAGGGCUUGGCGGCUGCUGGGUGCCCUGUAGUCAUGCCAGGGUGGAGGCUGGCCACCCAGCCCCCCACUGCAGGGCUCCCGGCUGGGCGGGGGCCGGAGCUGGGGGUGCACAUUCCACUGCGCACUCUGGGCGGCAGGCCAGGCUGAACCUGGUGGGCACCCCUGUGUUUGCCCCCUUCAUUUCCCUUGGUGAGGAGCAGCUCAGCGAUAGAAAUGGAUCCUGCUCGCGCAGUGUUUUUCUUUGUUAACUUAGGCACUUACUUUGGCCCCAGCUUCCCCGCCCCCUUCAGUACUGGGGAUUGGACCCAGGGCCUUUGCACUGUGUGCUACAUUCCCCGUUCUUUGAUAGAUUGAGAAAAGAGUCUUAGGAAGUUGGCUUGCCCGGCUCCAGCCUGUUGGUGGUACUUGCUGCAGCCUGCGAGCUGUCGCUGCAUCCCAGCAGUGAGCUCCAAGGUGGGGUCCCUGGAUGGAAGCGCCUGCUCCGCCCAGGGCUCACUGGCCUGCAUCCUCCGUGCUUCCUCCCCGGUGCUGGGGGUGGGGCCCUCAGCCCUGGCCUCAGAGAUGGGCUUGCACCAGGCUGCUGCCUUGCCGGCCGGGCCCCCCACCUCAGCCUGGGCAUUGCUGGGGCAGAGGCUGCACCCCUGACCAGUGCUGCCAGCUCGUGUUAACCCACUUGGAUUCCGCCUCCACAGUCCUCGGGGCUUCUGUUUUUGUUGUUUCCUGUUUUCCUUUAAGCUGAGUUAAUCUUGCUUAAAUUCAUUUAAAAAGAAAAUAGUAUGUCACUCGCAUGGAUGGAAAACUAAAUCCGCAUAGCUAGGAACUACCUGUAAUUAAGGAGACCUGUUGUGGGUGAAGACCUUUUCUUGUAGAAGAGGAGCUGGGGUGUGGAAGGUGGGUCACACCCUCAGGUGCAGCAGUGCUGGCCUGGCCACCAGGAGGGAGCUGGAAGGCUGCAGGGGCGCAGGCACUCUGGUGCAGCCGCCGCCAUGACUGUCCUAAGAUAAAUGGGGUCCUUUGCCCAUUGGAGAUGCCAAGCAAACCUGUAUGGAGAAGUUAACGUUAGAACUAAACACUGAAAUAAACGGCUUGGGAAGCAAUAGAA